AUCAGGACUGCCAAUACGGGCACCAUGCUAGGCAUGUUGAGUGGGUGGUGCCUGCAAGGGUUCGCCGACCAGAGUACAGCGUCGUUCUUGCCAGCGGUCGAUCAUACGAGUCAAAACGCUGCUCCUGCUGUGGGAAGACGCCUCUUGGCCUGCCCCGUGUCUGUGCCUCAAAGCUGCUCUUGACCCCAGAUCUUUCUCUUGCGUCUUUUACUCUACCUACACGUUAUCACUCCCCUGUUUUUAAACAUAUAUCUUGCACCUGCACGUGGCAACACGUGCUCACUUUCACAAUGCCCAGUCAACUGCGAUCAUUACUGGGGACAAUUAGGAAAAAGCCCACCAAGGCCAGCGAUGGUCGAUCGGAAGAGGCUGCGAGUGGUAUGAAGAGUGCUGAGAAAACCGCCAUCAAAGAUGACAUAAGAAACCUUGGGCUUAAAAACGCCAAGUUCGCGGUUGAGGCAAUCACAACACUGGCUUCUGGCGAGCCUAUGGAUGACAAGGAGCUUUUGCUGGAGCAUGGUGUCGAAAUGCUUCAGGGACUACCGCUCAAUAGUGGUUUGAGCGCAAAGGUCUCGGACGGUUUCAUCUCCAUGCUUUGGCACGAUCUUCCUCACCCUACGCCCACUAUGGUUGGGCCUACGACACGUUAUCGUCGACACGAUGGCAGCGGAAACAACCCUUGGAACCCAGAGAUGGGCAAGGCUGGUUCGCCUUAUGCGCGCAAUGUACCACCGUCCAAGCCUAAAGGGCCUAAUCUUCCCGAUGUCGAAGACGUGUACGAAGCUUUGCUAAAACGUGAUGGCCCGUUCCGACCACAUCCAUCCGGCCUAAACCGACUCUUCUUUUCGUUCGCGACAGUAGUCAUUCACGAAUGCUUCCAGACCUCGAGAGAGAACCCUUGGAUAAACGAGACGUCGAGCUAUGUCGAUCUUAGCACCUUGUACGGAAAUACAGAAAAGCAGCAGGCGCGAGUACGAACGUAUGAGAACGGCCUGAUCUGGCCUGACUCGAUCGCCUCGGAACGAAUCAUGAUGAUGCCCCCGGGCGUUGUCGCUGUGCUCUUGAUGUUCUCGAGGAACCACAACCAUAUCGCGGAGUCGCUUCACUCUGUCAAUGAAGAUGGAAAAUACAAGCCGUGGGACCAGUUGAAUGAGAAGCAAAAGAAAUGGCAAGACGAGGACAUCUUCCAGAUUACGCGUAACAUCAACGUUGGCUUCUUUGCGUCGGUAGUUCUCAAAGAUUAUGUUGCCGCAAUCUUGAACACCCCUCGAGCAAAUUCAGAGUGGUCCCUCAACCUUGGUAAGGAGAUCAAGCAAGGUGGAAACCGUGUUGAGCGCGGCACUGGUAGUGUGGUGUCCGUCGAGUUUGCCGUACUCUACCACUGGCACGCUGCACUAAGCGCUGCCGAUGAUAAGUGGAUGGAGGAUAUCGUACGUUCUGUGCAUCCAGAUCUAGGCAGCAUCGACGAUGUAACUGUUGAGAUGUUCCACGAAGUCAUGAAGGUCUACGGCCACAAGCUCUUUGCCCCUGGCGUGGAAGCCAAGGAUUGGACUUUCGGCAAUCUGCAGAGAGGUCCAGAUGGGCGCUUCAACGAUGCUGAGUUGUCCGAGUUGAUAAAACAGUGCAUCGAGGAGCCUGCACAUGCAUUUGGCGCACACGGCACCCCAGCAAGCCUGAAGGUUGUGGACAUCAUGGGACAGCUACAAGCGCGUGAUUUGUUCAACGUCUGCACGCUCAACGAGUUCCGCAGGUACUUGAACCUGAAGCCUUACGAGACCUUCGAAGACUGGACUUCUGAUAAGGAAACGGCUCGCGCUGCAGAGCUGCUCUACGGCCACAUCGAGAAUAUGGAGCUGUACCCUGGAUUGAUGGCUGAAUGCACCAAGCCUCCUAUGCCAGGCAGCGGCGUGUGCCCAGGACAGACUACUGGACGAGGCAUUCUGGAUGAUGCUGUUGCGCUUGUGCGCGGCGACCGCUUCCUCAGCUACGACUUCAAUGCCAAUACCUUGACGAAUUGGGGCGCUGCUCUGUUGCAGCAAGCUACACCUGGUGCAUACGGUGGGGUCUUCCCACGACUGCUCUUCCAAGGUCUCCCUGGCGGAUUCACCGGUACUUCGCCGUAUGUGCUGUUACCUUUCUACACGCCAGAGGCAGCAAAGGGGAUUGUGAAAGGCAACAAGGUCCUGGAGAAGUACGAUCUCAAGCGCCCCCCGAAUGACUACGACAUUGUCAGCGUUCAAACCCAGGAAGGCUGCAAAAAGGUCUUUGAGGAUCGUGACAGCUUUGUGGUUAUGUACCAGGCUGCAAUUCGCCACUGUACUGCUGGUCAUGACUUCAUGAUUGGCUGGGAUGAGGCUAAGAAGCACGACGAACGCUCGAACGUGCUCCACAAGAUCUUCUUCGAGGACGGCUUCGAGAAGAAUAUCACAGAGUUCUUCACCAUAAAUGUUCGUAAGCAGAUAUUGAAGAGCUCGGUGAAGGGGCCCAAAGGAAGGCGAUCCAUCGAUGUUGUUCGCGAUGUGACCAACAUUGUGCCUAUCUUGUGGCUUGCAGAUCGCUUUGCCCUGCCUCUCAAAACACAAGAGCAGCCAAGGGGUUUGCUGUCUCUGCACGAAGCCUUUACCGCCUUUCUUGUGCUCUUCAUGUACCAGAGUUUUAACAUCAUGCCGGCCAACGAAUGGAAGCUACGAGAAGGCGCGAUGAAAGCGGCUGCGCCAUUGCGACAAAUCUUCGAGACUCAUCUCAAGACCCAGACUGGCAAGUUCGAGGGUAUCGUAGACUGGAUGGCCAAGGGGAGCGCCUUCGAGGUUGGACCCCACGCUGAUCGCAUCUACAAGGCACUUGCCAAUACAAAGCUGCCGAUUGGAGACCAGGUCGGCGACUGUAUUGGCAUGGGGGCGCCUGUCGCCGGCAACAUUACACAGCAAGCAUCCCUCUUGAUUGACUUGUAUCUCAGCCCUGGCUAUGAGAAAUACAAGGAGCGUAUUAUUCAGCUCGCCCAUAUGGACUUCGAAGCGUCGGAUCGCGAGCUGCAGGGCUUCGUCUAUGAAGGCAUGCGCCAUUCAGGGGUCGUACCGGGCUUGCCCCGCGUAGCGACACGCGAUGUCACGGUCAUGGACGGCGCCCGCGGGCCUGUGACUGUGAAGAAGGGCCACACGGUCCUCAUUGCCACGUCCAAGGCGGCCAACGAUCCUAUCGCAUUUCCCAAUCCUGAGAUCAUCAACCCGCACCGCUCGUUCAAGGAGUACACCUUGCUUGGCCACGGCCUCCACUUCUGCUUUGGUGCUCGAUUGGUAGGACCCUCGAUAGCGGCAACUCUGCGUGAAGUCUUCAAGCUGAAGAAUGUGCGUCGCGCGCCUGGAAAGCAGGGCCGAUUCACCACAACAGAGCACAAGCUUGCUGGUAUCACCAUGAGGCACUACUUGGAUGCGAGCUCAAACGAGAGCCCGAUACCCACAAGUCUCACACUACAUUACGAUGAUGAGACCGUGGCGAACGGACACCCGACUAGGCGUGCCACAAAUGGGUACUCCAACGGCUACGUGAAUGGAGAUGCAGUGAAUGGGCUCACUACUAAUGGUAUUGCGCGGUAGAUACACUGGUCGAAUGCGGAAUGAUUUGCGUGGCGAUGCAGAAGGGGUUCUAGUUGGCUGUAGCAAUGGUCGUUACCUGUAGCAAUGGUUGUUGGCUCGUUACCAGAUUGUCUCACUGGCUUGUCGUUUCAUAUACCCUAGCAAGUAAUCGAGUUUCUAAUGCUGCGAACAAGAUCGCUGUUGAUCAACAUCUCAUAAUUCGCUGUGAUCAACAUCCAUGAUUCGCACCAAGUACUUCGUACAGGUGCAUGCCCCGCAUUGGCAUGCUCGCUUCGCGAGUUAGUCAGCCUGGUCGCGCAAGGCAGCAAUCAGAACAGACCCCGGCU